AUGGGCGACUUCAAACUCCAGCUCGAACCUUCAGACAAAAUCAUCUUCAGCGGAAAAAAACUCGGCGAAGAAGCAACGCCGGCUAGUAUCAAGAUCACCAAUACGCUGAAAGAGCGAGUAGCGUAUAAGGUGAAAUGCACAUCAAACGAAAUGUUUCGCAUUCGGCCACCAGUGGGCGCACUGAAACCGGACGAUUCCGUGACUGUAUCUCUAACUUUCAAUGCUGGUAAAACUGUUCCGGACAGUGGAAAACACUACUUUGCAGUUUACUACAUCAAAGCCACAGAUGAGAAGAAGGCUCCGCGAGCAACUUGGGCAGACCACAAAGGUGAUCCAGAGGGAACAAAACGUCUCUACAUCGACUUCAAGAAGGAGGGUGAAGAGGAGAAGAAAGAGGAGGAGAAGAAGGAAGAGAAGAAAGAGGAGAAGAAAGAGGAGGAAAAGAAGGAAGAGAAAAAAGAGGAGGAAAAGAAGGAGGAAAAGAAAGAGGAAGAGAAGAAAGAUGAGAAGAAAGAGGAGGAGAAGAAGGACGAGAAGAAGGAGGAAGAAAAGAAAGAAGAAAAGAAAGAGGAAGAGAAGAAGUGA